UGAAGGUCGCGAGGUGAGUAAUGGUGGCCGUGCUCAGCCCUGGAGACGCCGAGGGCGGGCCUACUUACCUUGUCCAUGUCCUGCGUUUGCCAUGGAGUCUUUAUCUUUCUGCUUCUGUCUUCCUUGUCUUGUUCCACUAUACUCCUACAACACCACAAACCCCACGACCAUGAAGCUCAACGGGUUGAGCACGGCAGCUCUGGCUGUGGUGGCCUUGUUGCCACUGGCAGCUUCUGUUAACAUAAACUUAGACGAUGAGGUGUCCAUUAUGAGUACUGCGGCAACCUACGCCUACGAAAUAAUGACCUACUACACGAACAAUGCUACAAACACCCCCGCGGACGAAGUGGGGUCGUUCCCGAAGCCCCCGUACUACUGGUGGGAAUCUGGCGCUGUAUGGGGAGGUCUGGUGGACUACUGGGCAUACACAAACGAUUCAAGCUAUGUCGAUACUACGAGGGACGCCCUGGUGGCCAACUUCGGUCCUAACCAGGACUUGAUCAUGCCAAAUAAGCGGGACCAAGAGGGCAACGAUGAUCAAGCUUUCUGGAUCUUUGCGCUCAUGUCUGCUCUAGAAUACCAAUUCCCCAUUCCUUCAGAUUCCGAUCCCCAAUACCUCGAUGUUGCGAAGAAGGCCUUUGACGGUAUGGCGGCGCGCUGGGACACCAAGACCUGCAAUGGUGGGCUGAAGUGGCAGAUCUACCCUGACAGCGUUGUUGGGUAUGAUUACAAGAACAGCGUAUCGAACGGUGCCUUCUUCGCACUCGCUGCAAGGCUGGCUAGAUACACAGGCAACCAGACAUACACGGACUGGGCAGUCAAGACAUGGGAUUGGUCUCAGCGGAUCGGGCUGAUCGGACCUAAAUACGAGAUCUUCGACGGCAGCGACGACAAGCUCAACUGCUCGGAGGUGAACCAUAUGCAAUGGAGCUACGGUGUUGGGAUCUACUUGCACGGCGCGGCUACCCUGUACAACUUUACCAACGGAUCUGCGAUCUGGCAGCAACGGACCUCCGGACUCCUAGAGCGAAGCGCCGUUUUCUUCUCGCCAUUCAAGAACGCGACCAAUAUCAUGUGGGAGGCUGCUUGUGAGGGCGCCCAUAGCUGUAAUACGGACCAGCAGAGCUUCAAGGCGUAUCUUGCCCGUUUCCUUGCGAAGACCGCUAUCUUGGCUCCGUUCACGGCACCAGCAGUCAAGACUCUCCUUCGCACUUCUGCGGCGGCCGCAGCGAAGUCUUGCUCUGGCGGCAGCCACGGAACGACUUGCGGGACGAAGUGGUAUACAGGAGGAUACGAUGGCACCUAUGGUCUCGGCCAACAACUCAACGCGCUCGAGGUUACCCAGGCUCUUUUGGCUGGAAAAGCUGGCGCUCCGGACACACAGGCCGAUGUUCAUAUCGUAAACAAGCCAGUUACGACUACCCAAGCUGUGCCGGCCAAGACCAGCACAGCACUUCCGACACACACGAAGAACGCUGCGAUGAUGGCGAGAGGGGUUCGAGGGGUUCUCGGCGGUGCAGCCGUCGGCGCGGCCGUCGUGGGAGUAUGGUAAUGCUUCAUUAUUUCAAACUUUUCCUACUCUAAUACUAAUAAACUUUCCUAUUCUUCAGAGUCCCUAGAUUUCAUAUCCCACUACUUGGGUCUCCUCAAUUCCCUAGAUUACGUAUCUUUCCUAGGGUCGGUCUUGCAUAUCAACGGCGUCACGGACGAGUAAUCUUUAUAAAGGACAGGGAAAUGGUAGCUCUCGAGCACCUGUAUAUCGACUUGCAUGGGCGGUGUUUGGGCUAGGCUUUUGCAUGACACGGACGGGUGGUAUAGCAUAGCUCCAUGGUUGGUAGCACGGCCACGGCGUUAGAGUGGGAAUCGACCACACCGGACUUCGGUUUUCACGAGAAUACAAACCACUCUUCACAUACUCUUACAAGGGUAUAAUCUGAUAUUCUGGAGUCUACCACACCUCUAAAUGCUUACUAUAUGUUUAUAACUAUAGAUUUUGUGAUACUCGACACUC